AGUGUGUACAUAAGAGAAACAAUGUUGAAAGCUGUUCGCUCCUUUCUUGGUCGUCCACCACCAGUUGAACCAUCACCUCGUUAUUGUCAAUUCUCUGCAGUUGACGGACACCAUUACAUGUGGAGGGGGUAUGGUCCAGGACGAGGGUCUAACAUCAUUGCUGUGUAUGAUCCAAGCACUGAGCUGUGGAGCCUCUUGCCCACCACUGGACCUCUACCCCCUGGAGAGUGGAGUGGUCGCUCUGUUUGUGUAGGUCGUUGCCUGUACACCUUUGGUGGUUGGGAUGGGUCUUCUUACUCUAAUGACAUGAGCAAGCUUGAUCUGGACACUCUCCAGUGGACCAACGUUCAAACCUCUGGUAGUCAGCCUAUGAAAAAGGCUGGCUGUGGACUUGUCCGUGUGAAUGAGAGAACUCUGUGCUGCUUUGGAGGACUCGGUAUUGAGGGCACCACACAACCAGGAUCAACAUUCACCAGGGGAUGGACAAACGAGUUCCAUUUCUUUGACACACAAAAUGGUGUCUGGUCGUCCCCUGAACUCAGAGGAAAGAGACCUUCUCCCUGUAGUGCCUUCACCUUCACCAUGGUGGACCAGCACAGGGCAGUCCUCUUUGGAGGGGUCCAACCUGGCCGUCGUAGAGUGAAUGAAGUCUACCUAUUCGAUUUUAGGACCAUGGAGGUCACUAAGGUGAAGCCAGUACAGGGAGAGCCAUGGCCAGUGGAGAGGUCAGGCCAUGUUGCCUGUUGUCUCAACUAUGGCCAGGACCACCCUCAACUACUGGUGUACGGAGGAAUCGAUAAUGGCAACAAGACACUGGAGGACAUGUGGAUGCUGGAUGUAGACACUGUCCAGUGGACAGAGGUGACACCUCCUGAGUCAAUGACACCACGUUGGUACCACUCCAUCACUGCCACCAGUCUGGGACCAGGACUCACUGAGGUCCUCGUGUUUGGAGGUUGUCGGAAGUGGGAGGGAGAUACCAUUGCUGAGACCACCAUACUGAGAUUUGAGUUGACUGGACCCUCAGCUUCUGUUGCUGGACCCUCGGCUGAGAAGUGGGCUCUCGUGGAUGUGGCCCACAACGACACUAGAGGCUCUGCCCAGCGACUGAGUGAGAAGAGAGAAUAUCACCUCCGACUACAGUUGCAAGAGAAGGAUCGUGAAUUGGCUACACAAGCUAGAGAAUUAGUCACUAACAACCGUGAAUUGUCUGAGGCCAACCGUCAUUAUCAAGAUGCGAACCAGGCUACCCAAUUAAUUUUACAAGAGAAGGAUCGUGAAUUGGCUAUUAAAGACCUUGAAUUAGCUACACAAGCUAGAGAUUUGGCUACAAAAGAUCGUGAAAUUACUGAGGCCAACAGAAGAGAAGCUGACCUGUCUGCUCGAAUCACAGCUCUAGAGAAGGAGUUAGAAGGCAAGACGAAAGAGUUGGCAGCACACAACACAGAGGUGUGGAGGAUUCCGGCCAACAGAGUGAUCAUUGGCAGGAGGAUUGGCAAAGGAGGGUGGGGGGAGGUGCUGGAGGGAACAGUGAGCGUGGCCGUCAAGCGACUACACGAAGAAAUUGAAUACCCAAUUUUUAUCGAGAAAAUGGAGAGAGAAAUGAAGUUAUUGGCUGAAGUGCGACACCCAAACCUUGUGCAAUUCAUUGGUGCUAUUUUUGAUGAGCAAGACAAUGAAUCCCCUCCUACCCUCGUCACCGAGCUUCUGGACAUGAAUCUCCGACAAGCGUACGAGAGGAAUCAACUGGACCCAAGAAACCGCCUCUCGAUCUUCAUGGACAUUGCCCUAGCUCUGAACUACCUGCACCAGCGCUACGAUCCCAUCAUCCAUCGUGAUGUGAGUGCUCCCAACGUCCUCCUCCAGCGAAUGCCCAACCACCAGUUGAAGGGGAAGGUCUCUGACCUCGGCUCAGCCAACUUCCUGCAGCAUGCUCACACAAGUGGUGAAGGAUGUAUUCUUUAUUCAGCCCCUGAAGUGAUACCUCGAGCUUACAAUCCAAGAGGAGAGCCAAUUCCACAAACAACUAAGAUUGAUGUGUACAGCUACGGUGUUUUGUUAUGCGAGGUCAUCACUAGCACAUUUCCAUCAGAAAAGAAUUACUUGGGCAUGCUUAAAGAAGUCGAAAAAGACUAUCCACAAUUCCACGAUCUGAUUACUAACUGCACUCAAGAGAGCCCCGACAACCGACCAACUAUGGCUCAAGUCCUGAACAUGUUAGAAGACGACAAAUCCUAAAAAUUUAGUUAGAACUUAUUGUUUUGUAAGAGUGUAUGAACAUUCCUUAGUUUGUUGCACGAUUGUUUCUACUUACAUGCUUUAUUGCGAAACCAUAACUUUUUUCUGCACGUAAUUAUGAUGUUAUUGAUGAUGUAAGAAGCUAGAUUCGAUUCUUUAUGCUUUAUAUCAUGUG